CCAGCUGUGGCCCCGCGAUGUCGCUCGUGCUGUUGAGCCUCGCCGCACUGUGCUGGAGCGCCGCGUCCCCGGAGCCGACGAUUCAGUGUGGCUCUGAAACUGGGCCAUCUCCAGAGUGGUUGGUCCAUCACCCUCUGACCCCAGGAGACUUGCGGGACCUCCAAGUGGAACCUGUUAAAAGCAGUGUUUCAACUGAGCACUAUUCAAUUUUGAUGAACAUAAGCUGGAUACUCCGGGCAGAUGCCAGCAUCCUCUUUUUGAAGGCCACCAAGAUCUGUGUGACAGGUUAUAGAAACUCCCGGUCCUAUGGUUGUGUGAGGUGCAACUACACAGAGGCCUUCCAGACUCAGACCAGACCCUCUGGUGACAAAUGGACAUUUUCCUACAUUGGUUUUCCUGUUAAGCUGAACACACUCUAUUUUAUUGGGGCCCAUAAUAUCCCCAAUGCAAAUAUGAACGAAGAUGGCCCUUCCAUGUCUGUGAACUUCACCUCCCCAGGCUGCUUAGACCAUGUAAUGAAAUACAAAGAAGAGUGCAUCAAGGGUGGAAGUCUGUGGGAUCCAAACAUCACUGCUUGCAAGAAGAAUGAAAUGGUAGAAGUAAAUUUUACGACUAGUCCCCUUGGGAACAGAUACAUGGCUUUUAUCCAAAGUAGCACUGGGAUUGGGGAGCCUGAGAUGUUGGAGAGCAAUCAAACUUACAUUUCUGUGAUGAUUCCAGUGAGCGGGGAAAGUGAAGAUGCUGUGGUACAGUUGAUUCCAUAUUUCCAUACAUGUGGCAAUGACUGUAUCCGACGCAAAGGAGCUGUUGUGAUCUGCCCACAAACAGGUGUAAGCACGUCGAGUAGCUGGCUGCCUCUCCUCCUCCCUGCCCUGCUGGUGGGCACAUGGGUGCUGGGGGUUGGGAUCUAUCUAGCAUGGCGGCAUGAAAGGAUCAAGAAGAUUUCCUUUCCUAACACCAUGCUAUUGCCACCCAUUAAGACUCUUGUGGUUUACCCAUCUGAAGUGUGUUUUCACCACACAGUUUGUUGCUUUGCUGAUUUUCUUCAAAAUCGCUGCAGAAGUGAAGUUAUACUUGAAAAGUGGCAAAAAAAGAAAAUAGCCGAGAUGGGUCCAGUGCAGUGGCUUACCACUCAGAAGAAAGCUGUGGAUAAGGUCAUUUUUCUUCUUUCCAAUGACGUCAGCUCUGUGUGUGAUGGCACCUGCGGCAGGAGUCAGGGCAGUCCCUGUGAGAACGCUCAAGACCUGUUCCCCCUGGCCUUUAACCUCUUCUGUAGUGAUCUGAGAAGCCAGACUCAUCUGCACAAAUACAUGGUGGUCUGUUUUAGCGAGGGUGAUACCAAAGACAGCUACAAUGCCCUCAAUGUCUGCCCCAAGUACCACCUCAUGAAGGACGCUGCCACUUUCUGCACAGAACUUCUCCAUGUCAAGCAGCAUGCAUCAGUAGGAAGAAGACUGCAAACCUGCCACAACCAUUGCUCCUUGUAGUCCACCCAUGAGAAGCAAGAGACCUCCUACCCUUCCAAAACAAGAGCAUCUCUGAUGAUUCCAGAAGCUUGUUUGGACUACAUGUAGGAGAAAAAAACACCCAUAUAGUAGCGUAUGUACUUUAGCAGUAGGAGUUAGGUGAAUGCAUAAAUUGAGUAUGUAUGCCUUAGUCCAGUAAUUUAAAAAAUUUAUGCCAAUGACUGUUACAGAUAUCAUUACUGUAGCAAUAAAAAACGAAACUAGACUUACUAUUAUAAAGCUAAAUCAAUUUUAUUAAAAAUCAACAAGUUAAAAUGUAGAACUAAAACCAUUCUGGUAGUCUUCCAGCCAAACAUACAAUCCUGAAUAGUAGCAUAUGCACUGCACUAAACAGUUUAGAUUUAAUUACUGAAUGCCAAAUUUAAGAAGCCCUCAACUAACUUAAGUGAAAAGUCCUGUUUCACACACGUCUUUAAGAUAACAAAAAAAGGGGACAAGCUGAACUGUCUUUGCUGACAGAUGACCCAGUCUGUGUCACUUGCUUUAUUUGGUAUUUGCAUGGGGCUGUCCCUGUCCACAUUAGAUUCAUGUCUUUAUAGAAAAGACUGUUAACACAAACACCAAAAUAUCUUUUAAAUGCAGAGGUCAUCAAAAAGCCAUUUAUAUUAGCAAAUAUUUUCCUGGGAAUGCUUCAGUCCUGUAGUGUCAUACUGAAUCUACUCUGUAAUGUGAAUCCCCAGCUAGAUGAUUUAAAAUGUGCUUAUAGAGUAUCCUUAAAAGGCCAUGCCACUCCUAAUACAUGUCUGAUGGCUACAAUAAAAACCCAAAUGAAGCUUAUUGUGUCCCAGUUUCACAGAGAUAUAGUAAUGGCUGAGGCAGUAUUAACGUGGUAAAGCUCACUUGUCAUGAAGAGGUUUCACAGUGCUUCUAAGAGGUUUCACAGUGCUUCUAACAGAAAGUCGACAUGGCUUCAGCUGUUUAACUUGGACCAAAACUCAAAUUCCUGAAUCAACAUCUACCAGCAUAAGGCCUAAGAACAUGAGAUACUCUUAUUACUAUGUGAAUAACUACCAUGAACCUACAGACAAUGCUUCUGGAAUUAGGUAACCAAUACUACAUUGUGUUGAAACAGUUCAGAAACAUUUUGUAAAUUUAUUUUUAAAAGUCUUUAAAAUAUAAUUUUCGAGUUGACCACAUAAACCACAUACAGUACUAGCAAGUUAAAAUUGUUAUACUGGUGAACUAUUGCUACGUCCUAGUCUGUUGUAGGGACAGUAUCAAUGCAAAGUGUUCCAACACCAACAUUUCUCCAUGUCCUGACAUCUAACCAUUCCUAUUCAUUCUGUGACCCACUCAUCUUCCAUCCAUCCCAACAUCCCUUGCUGACAGAUGACCCAGUCUAUGUCACUUGCUUUAUUUGGUAUUUGCAUGGGGCUGUCCCUGUCCACAUUAGAUUCAUGUCUUUGUAGAAGAGACUGUUAACACAAACACCAAAAUAUCUUUACCCUUCUUCCAGUCCCUCCCUGUUCUUGGUAAGUGAGGUGGUGGAAGCAGGUGCCUAAUGGGGAUUGGUGGGAGUCAAACUUUCUCUUGAUCCCCACAGUCUGGGCACCCACCUGUGCUUACUAGCUCCUGUGCCUGGACAGUGCCUUCUGUUCCUGCAAAAGGCUUCACCAAGGUCUGGAUCACUGCUGGCAAUAGAUGUUUAUAUUUUGAUCUUACUGCAAGGUGCUUACAUAUUAAACUAAUCAAACUGAAUACAAAGAACUCCAAAAGCUGUCAUUUCGUUCUUCAGCUAAAGGGAAAUUGGAGGCUCGAUGAUUAAUUUAUUAGUAAUGACAGGGCUCACCUUAUUUAUUGUACAAUACACUCUAAUAACUCUAAAAUUGGAUGCCAUUUGUUUGGGUAAAAGGAAACAAGUUUGUCUUUUCAGUUUUUAUUGUGUUUUGGUCAAAUAAUGGUUUUCUUUCCGUAAGACCACCCUAGAGCAUGUUGGGUAACAAAUGUCAACCAGCUAAAUUUUUUGCCUCUGAAAAUCUACACCUGAAUGGGUUCCGAUCUUUUUUGUACGCCAACAGU